AUGAGCGCGACCGACUCACCCUCGGCGGUUGACGGAGUCGCUUCUUCGACCGCGCGACGUAAAUCUGGACGCGUAUCCAAGAAGCCAGACAGGUUCGCGCCUGUCGCGAGUCCGACCAGCAGCACAAAGCGAAAGCGUGGUGGUGACAAUGAGAACGGGGAUGACGCGACGGACCCGUCGUCUGAAGAAGAGUCGGAACAGAGCAGCGAGGAUGAGCCCGAUGAAGAGGAAUUGAAGGAGCGCAGGCGCAAGAAGAAGGCUAGAGCUCCUGCGCGUAAGCCGGCAUCAAAAAAGGCAAAGACGAAUGGCGACAGUGUCAGCCUGGCGAUUCGACCUGCGAGCAAUGCGAUCAAGAAGUUGUCCAAACGGCCACGGAAGGCGCCUAUUCGGAAAAGCACGCUUCCCGAGGAGACAGAGGGCUUAUAUGCCGAUGUCUUUGCCAGCGGAGACCGACUCGAAGAUGUGACGGCACGAUGGAUGGCGCGAUUCAACGAGCACGAGGCAAAGGCAGUGGCCGAGAUCAUCAACCUGGUACUGCAAGCUGCGGGCUGCGAUCUACGGAUAAACGAAGAUGACAUAGGGGACCCCGACAACGCGCCGAAUCGCGUAGCAGAGAUCCAGGAAGAGUUCCAGCAGUAUGAAGUCACAGACUACCCAUUGAUCGCAAAGGCAAAAGACGGUGGCGGUCAAGCUUUCCGGAACGCGUUGCAGGGCUUCUUCCUUACCCUCAUACAGACAGUCGCACAAUCAGGCCUUCUGUACGAGAGCGCGGAGCUCAUCGAGAAUAUCUCGGUGUGGCUGGGCGCCAUGUCCUCGACCGGCAACCGCCCAUUCCGGCACACCAGUACCGUUGCCUCGCUAGCCAUCACAACCGCCCUAGCCCAGGUCGCUGCGGACCUCGUCGAGAACACAGCAAAGCGCGUACGCCAAAGUGAGGCAGAAGCCAAGAAGUCGAAAGUAAACAAAGCGCGCGUCUCUGCCGCGGACAAGGAAAUUGAGGAGUACAACCAGAGGCUGGAAUUCGUUGGUGGUCAGCUGGACGACUGGUUCGCAGCCGUGUACGUCCAUCGCUAUCGAGAUGUCGAUCCAAAGAUCAGGGUCGACAGCGUGGUAGCGCUGGCAGAUUGGAUCGUCGCAUACCCCGAUAAGUUCUUCGACGGCACCAAACUCCGAUAUCUCGGUUGGGUGCUCUCAGACCCAAAUCCAUCGACGCGCAUCGAGGUGCUCCAUCAGCUCUCGCGCUUGUUCCGAGACGAAAGUAAACUAGCGGGAUUGAAGACGUUCACUGAGCGCUUUCGGCCACGUAUCGUUGAAAUGGCCACUCACGAUGCUGAAAUCAACGUACGUGCGGCAGCAGUCGAUUUACUCGACAUUCUCAGGGAAGCUGGUUUCCUAGAGCCUGAUGACAUCGACUCAGUCGGCAAACUCAUCUUUGAUUCUGACGCAAAGGUUCGCAAGUCUGUUGUUGGUUUCUUUGCCGAAAAUGUCAACGCCGCGUAUGAAGCCACGGUAGAAGACAUGGGAGGUGAAGAAGCACUCAACGAGGCCCUAGCUCCGCCUGAAGAAGAGGACGAAGAAUAUCAUAACCCGCGCCUCGAGUGGUUGAAGCUGAAAUGUCUCGUUGACCAACUGCUCUCGUAUGACGAGGACGACUUUGAGCUGCCUUCUCAAAUCCAACGCAUGUCACCGGGCCAGGAACUGAGUUUGAUAUCUGUUGGUGUCGAAUCACGGAGAUCGCUCGCUGCACAAGCUUUAUAUGAUGCUAUUCCGGAGAUCCGAGAAUGGGAGGUUUUGGCCGGAUAUCUUCUGUACGACCAUUCACAAACAGUGCAGGGCGACAGCGAUGACCCCGAGACUAUGCUCCGCCAGACCUGUCAGCUUGAAGAGAGACAUGAAACAGUCCUCCUCGACAUCCUCAACGCCGUGGUACGCAUUCGAUUGCAGCGCUUGGCGGAGGUACAAAAAGACAAGAAGAAGACCAAGACUCAACGGGAGAGCGAAAAAGAAGACCAAUCAGAUAUGGCUCGCCGACUCUCGUUGCUCAUUCCUCAGCUGCUGAAGAAAUUUGGUGCUCUUCCUGAAACAGCAGCAUUGUGUCUUCGGUUGGAGCGUGAGCUGAAUCUGGAAGUAUUUGAAGAGCUGCGACAAAAUGCAGCUCUUACAGCGCUACUUGAUGAUAUCAAUAAGCAGUUCCUCACUCAUCAUAACGAGCGCGUCCUUGGCGAAGCUAUUGGAUCUAUUCUACACGCUCAAGGUAGUGAAGAGCUAAGAGAGACGGUUGACCUCAAGGUCCAAGCACUUUGGGACGACCUGAUUAACACUUUCGACACUCUUCGGCGAGACAAGGAUUUCUCGGUACGGGGCAACUUGGAUCAGAACAUUCUCCGGGGAGUUUCCAAUGUCGUCUUAAAGAUGGCGCAGCUCGUGACUGUCUCAGACGCUUCAGUGCUCGACCAAAUUGUGGCACCCACCAAGACAAAAGGCAGAGGCAAGAAGGCAGCGCUUGAGACAGCACCAAUCGAGUCAGUAUUGCAACUUCUUGAGCGUGGGGUCCCAGUCGAAGACCUUGAUGAGGAAACGGAGGAGGCUGACGAUACUCUCGUCCGUCACGCAAUGUCUGUCAUGCUCAUGUACUUCAUGUGGAAGUGUCGAGAUUGCACCAAGCAUGUCGAGGAGGGCACGAGCAUGCCAGAAGACGAACUCAUGGCAUUAGUGGAGCGGAGGGACGCUUGCGUCACAUCUUUGAUGAAAAUCAUGGAGAGCCGAAAGGGUACCGACGAAGUCCGACUCGAUGCGGCGAACCUUUUACUGGACAUCUACACCAUGUUUUGCACGCUCAGGGUCAAGAAGGGGAAGAUGGUAAAGACGCCUAAGAAGUCACAAGGUCGUCCUUCAAACUCAGACCACGACGACUGGGAGGCUCUCUGCCGCGACAUCGACGGGGACACCACAAAGCUCAUUCUGCAGAUUCUCACGGCGUGGGAGAAUCACCUAGCCAAGCUCACCAACAAGCGUCUUGAAGAACCGGAUGUAGACGAUGAUCCCAUCGACCCCGACGACGAUCCUGAAAGCGAUGAAGAGCCCACGGAAGAGCACACUGUCUCUGACAAGCAGGUUCGCGCCAUCUUAGUCGAACAAUCGCUCGAUGCGUUUGGUGGUCGUAUCGUACAUGCCGUACUCGUCGGCGCCCUUGAUAGUGACGGCUCGGGCACCGUACGCAAACGUCUGGAGCGCAACAAGCUGAAACUCACACCUACGUGGAGGGAAGUCGUGAAUCAUCUCGAUGCUGUCAAGCAACGAAAGAUUACGAAGAAGACAGCCAAGCCCGGUAAGCAGGGCGAGAAGACGGCGAAGAGCAAAGAAACUGUCGACGUUGAUAGCGAAGACGAGGAGGAGCAGGAACAUGAAGAGGAAAAUGAGGUACUUGGUGACGAGAUUGAGGACGAGGAAAUGGCCGAUGCGGACGCGGAGCAAACAAACGGUGUAGAAGAAGGUGAAGAGAACGGCGACGACGCGGCAGACAAGGAGAGGGACACCGAAGAAGAGAGCAUUCUCGGUGACUGA